AUGUCGUAUAACUCCUGCUGCUGUCGCUCUCGCAACGCGUCUGUUUCUCCUCCCUCUUUAGGAACGACUUCAAAGAGGAGGACGAGGACGACGACGACGAGUGUUUCUUCUUCUUCUUCGUAUUCUUUAACGAGAAGAAGAACGGCUUUAAACUUUCACACGACCGCUGCGCUCAUCGCGGAGGAAGGCAGCGGCGAAAACAACAACAACAACAGACGAAAAACGGUUUUGAUGACGGGAAUGAGCGCGUUGUUGUCUUCUUUUGCGGGGAGAACAACCAAUUCACAAGCGGCUGAAUUAAAAGGCCAAGUCAAAGAUUGCGAAAACUGCUCGAACAGCAACACCUCUCUCCGGGAAGGCGAUAUGGAGUUUUUUACCUCAUACUCUGGUCUGAGAUACAUAGACUUGCGAGAAGGCGAUCUCGCGAAAGUGCCGAAGAAAGGCGACGUGGUCGUCGUCGAUUGGGUCGGGUACACCGCGGGGUACCAGGCGAAGAAGAUCGAGUCGACGCGAGAGACGGACGCGCCGUUUACGUUUCGAGUUGGAUCCGGCGAGGCGAUACCGGCGUUCGACGAAGCGGUGUUGAAUAUGGGGAAAGGCGGUAUAAAACGCAUCGAAAUCGCCGGCGAGUUAGAGGAGAAAUUAGGAUACAGUCGGAAUCCCGGUGAACGAUAUAACGGGGUUGGACCGAAACCGACGACGUUUGGUGGGUUGAGAGCGCUCGAUUUCGUGUUGGAUAACAAGACGUUGAAAGAUUUUAAUCGGACGCUGUUGUUCGACGUAAAGUUGGUCGCGAUUAGAAGCAGUACUUAA